CUUGAGGACAAGUACAUGUGUUAUAGUAUUAUUCUAGUUUCGUAUUGUUAUAAAAAUCUCUCCUAAACUUAAUUCCGGUAAAAUUGUAUAAGAGAUAAUCUCUUUACAAUCAACCAGAGAAUAACAAUUUUGCAUUUCCUCUUAAUAUUUGGAGAAUGUGACUGGCUUUGAGCCAAAUUUUAUUAGAGUAUGGUUUGGAAAAUGCAAAGCAAUGCAUCAAAUACUAAUGAAAACUACCGUUAUUUUAAUGAGGAAAAUGGAGUCCAUGUUCACUUUCUUACUGUUUAUGUUACUUUUAGAAUCUGCGGCACUCCAGUGUAGUAUAGAAGGUAAAAAAUGUUGUGUUGGGUCUUGGAAUGACAUUCAGAAUAAAUGCGAAGAUGGUUGUCAACCCGGUUAUUUUGGAAAAUCUUGUACUCACAAAUGCCAAUAUCCAAACUAUGGUAAUCUUUGUCAGCAAAAAUGCAAUUGCCCAGUGUCUAGCUUUCACUAUAGAGACGGAUGUAGUAGAGAAAAAGAAAGUGGUAGAAAAUGCACUCCAGGAUAUCAUGGCAAAAACUGUUCUACUCCUUGUCGAUAUCCUAGUUUUGGCGAAUUAUGUCAAGAGUUUUGUGAAUGUUCGAGCGAGAUGUUGACAACGUCCUUGGAUGUUCAAAAAGAGAGGGCUGUAGACCUGGAUAUUUUGGAAUUGGCUGAGCCUACAAGUGUCGAUAUCCAAAUUUUGGCAAAUAUUGCCAAACAAGAUGCAUUUGCCCCCAAAACCAAUGUGAUCACGUUCUUGGGUGUAUAGAAGAAAAGGAGAAGAAAGGUCUUGUUGCUGUGAAAGUAUCCAGAUCUCAGAUGAAAACGUCUAUUGCUGCCGCUAUCAUAUCCGUGCUGCUUGUUAUUCUUCUUCUUUUUGGGGCUUUGAUUUGGUUUCAAAGACUUAAAAUUCGGAAGUGGUGUAACAAAAGAUCUGACAAUAUCAUGAUACAUAAUGAAAAGGUAAGUCCUAAAGAAACCGUAAGCUGCAUCGAAUCUACCAACUUGGCAGGAGAAAGUUGUUGCUACUUUUCCUCUCUAUAUGUGAACAAUCAAAAUCCCAACUCUAACACUGGAAAUACACCAUGCCAGUUGGACGUGUCCAAUCUCUACGAGGCUGUGGAGUGUCCAGCUUCUGAUGCCGAUGAUUCACGAAGUGCUCCAAAUCCCUCGGUCAGUUUUAUAUCCGUUUAUUCUGGAAUUGAUAAUGAAAUCCUUAUUCCCAUUGAUAAGUAACUAAAUAAAGCACUUUGUUGACGUCCUAAGUGAAACAAAACAGUACAACAUUAAUGAAAAAUGUUUGGAGUGAUAUUUCAUUGUCCUUAAGGCGAACACACAUGCCAGUACUAAAUGAAGGAAGAUUUCCUACAAUGCGGAUUUUUUUAUUGGUUUAGUUCAGUUUAUUAUGCAAAGAUAAGACCUCCUUUGCCUUAUUUUUCAUUUCAACAAAUGUAAAAAUUUGAAUGAAAUGUUUUCUUUUCUCCAUGCAUGCAUAAAUAAGGUUCUUUUGCAUUAAUGUUGACUGAUUUACAUUUAACAUUUUGCAUUAUGUUGUUUUUGUUAACAUUGCUUUAAUCAGUAUCUUAUUUUGUAGUUCAGUCUACUGUACAUUGUGCAAAGUAUUAAAAUAUACCAAUACUAGUAUAAUCCAUUAGAGUGACAAGUACUCUUCCUUAUAAUAAAGAAUUUUUGAAUGAAGUGAGCAAACACAAGAUUUCAUUAUAAGAAAAAAAAACGCCAAAAUGCAAAUUGAUGUCUUUCUUAUCAGUUGAAUAACUUUUCGUAAUAUACAACUGUUAUAAUAUGAAUUUUGCAUUAUCGAAAGUAGAACUGCUAAUGUACGAUUACACAUAUAUACACAUCAAACAUGAAUUAAAAUGAAUAUGUAUGACGUAAUUUGCUGGGUACGAUUACAUAAAUCUAGUUUUUAUAAGUGCUAAAUUUAAAAGUUACACGUAGACUGCUUUGUUUGAAAUGUAAAUAUGAUUACUGCAUGUAAGUAAAUAUAUUUUUCAUUUACAUCGUUAUAUGUCAAUGAGACAGCUAAUGAUUUUAUUUGUUAAUUGCUUUUAUUGUGUAAUAAAUUUGUUUGUUUGUUUGAUGUUUGAUGUCACUUUCAAUUACAUUUUGCCUCUACAUACUCCAGACUUUAUUUGUCUUAUAUCCUACUUUUUGUACGUUUGUACAUCUUAUUCCAUUAUAUUGAAACAUUUCAUCAAAUAACAAGGACACCUCAUAUUAAAAUAAAAUAAUGAUUCAAAAAAAUGCUGCAAUUAUUGGACCUUAUUCUGUUUGUUGCUUACACAUCAAUUUU